AUGUUAAUUAUAAAGUUCAUCGUUAUUUCUACAAUAAUUUAUUAUACGGAAAGUACUGUGUACGAUAUUACAACUUCAUCAUCGAACUGGCAAUCUAUUCUAAGUAAUUUAAAACCUGGUGAUAUAGCCAUCAUGCAUCAAGGUACUUAUACGACAUCGGGUUCUGGAUAUUUUCAACUGACACUGAACGGUCAAUUAACACAACCGAUUAUCAUUCAAGGUGCACCAAACGAAGCGCGCCCAAUUAUAGAGAAUCCAAACUCUAGUCCAGAUGCUCAGAAUAUUCUUAACAUUCAAGGAUCCAAUUUUAUGCUCAAGCAUUUGGCAUUUACCAAAGGCUCCAGAGGCAUACGAAUAGGACCAGCUGCUACGUUCAAUGCAAUAUUCGAUGAUCUGUAUAUUUUUGAUACUGCGACUACAGCAUUCGCAGCGAACGAUCCUGGAAAUGAAUACUAUAAUAUUACAUUGCGAAAUACUGAAAUAAAAACUACGAAUACGUUUGGAGGUUUUCGGCCUGGAUUUCAAGUUAAACCUGGUUCAUACAAUGUAAUGAUUCGUAAUAAUGCUUGUUACAAAGUUGCUGGACCGUGCAUUCUCGUUUAUGAUGAUUAUAAUCGUGGACGAAAUUUUAUUGUGGGCUAUCAAAUUUAUAAUAAUGCUGUGAAUGGUCCUAUUGACGCUUCGGGAAUUCAAUCCACUGGAACUUUCAAUGUCGAACGCAAUGUCUUUUUUGAUCCUAACAAGAUGGAUCUCUAUCCAGCCGUAGGAUCUCCGUUGAUCAAUGCUGGCGUACACAUUGACAGUCAGCUUGUUACUUAUGAUUUCAACGGAAAAAGUCGAUCAAAUUCGAAACCAUCUGUUGGUGCUUAUGAAUAUUCUACUGAAGUGAAUCCUGGUUGUAAAAUAAACAGUAGUUUUAAAUGUGGCUCAUCUACUGCUAUUACAACAAAUUACUCCGUUUAA